CAAAAAACAUCAUGUCUUUAACAGAAAACUUUCAAAAGUUGGGGACUUUUUAUGAAAUUUCUCUAUAGACGGAAGCAGAACCAAAAGCCCUAAUCCCUAACUGGCCGUGUCCGUUAAGUCCUCUCUUUUCCGAAGGAUCUGACUUUAUCCCGGGACUCCGACGCCGAACCUCAAAUGGAAAAAGAAGAUGAGCUUCAGAACUUAAACGGCCAAGUUUCAGCACCACGAGACGGAGAUGUAGAAGAUGACGAUCCACUAGUGUUGAGCUCUCAAGCAUUGGCGGCGCUCCAGGAAUUUCUAGCCGACCAGAAUAAGGCUGUUGCGAGCACGCCACCGGCGUCUUCCAUCGCCGGAGAAGAGGCUUCGGAUAAAGUGGAGCUGGUUACGGAGGAUUGGAGACUCAGCCAGUUCUGGUAUGAACCUGAAACUGCAGAGACUGUAGCAGAGGAAGUGGUCACUCUCUCUAGUAGAUUCUCAGGCUGCAGAGUCGCUUGCAUUGCUUGCCCUACUCUCUACGUUUAUCUCAAGAAAAAAGAUCCGAGUCUUGAGGUGCAAUUGCUUGAGUACGAUAUGAGAUUCGAGAGAUAUGGAAAUGAGUUCACUUUCUAUGAUUACAACGAACCAGAAGAUCUGCCGCUUCAGCUGAAACAUUGCUUCCAUAUAAUCGUUGCAGAUCCUCCCUACUUGAGUAGGGAAUGCCUGGAAAGAGUUAGUCAAACAAUUUCAUUCCUCGCAAGCCCAGUAGAUUCAUUGUUGCUUCUUCUCACAGGAGAGGUGCAGAGAGAACAUGCAGCUGAGCUAUUGGGUGUUCGUCCUUGUGUGUUUAAGCCUCAUCACUCUAGCAAACUCGGAAAUGAGUUUCGACUGUUCAUAAGUUAUGAUCCCGGUACCAGAUUAGGAGGCUUGGAAGAAGGCAGCUAGUUUUGAGUUGUCCAUCUUUGUUGACUUACAUGUAAGUUACUUGUCUAAAGUCUUUGACUGUUCUUUAGUAAACCAUUGAUGGUUCUUUUAUCCUUGUGAUCACAAGAGAAGAAACAAUGUGAUUUCUU